AUGAAGACGCAGAGACCCGGGUGCAAGGCCAGCUCUGCCACUAGCGAGCUGUUUAACUUUGGCGAGAGCCCUCAGCUCUCCGAGUCUUCAUCUGGAAAAUGGGCGGGUCUCUGGCCUUCCCAGAGGGCGGGGAUCCGAGGGGCGGGGUCUCCUAGCCCCGCCCCCGAGGCGUUGCCACUCGGGGCAGGGUCGGGCUGCGAGACCUGGAGCGUGCCUCUGCCUCUUCCAGACAACCUCACAGACCGCAAACCGAAUGCAGGCACCAAGCUGAGCGAAACGGGUGAGGACCGGGGCCUAUCAAGAGUCUCUCUGGGACACCCUCCAACUCCCCAGGUGAGUCAAGGAAACCCUGGGACACAGGUUACUCCAGUGGCCCCUGGUGAGGUGGUGGAGACAGCAGGUGGGGUGUGCAAAUAUCCACAGCAGAGACUAAGCUGGUGGCAGGCCCAAGAGUCCUGCGAGCUGCGGUUCGGCCACCUGGCAUUGGGGCCCCCAGAUGGGGUCCUUGCUCUGAGGCUGCGCGACCAGGUCUGGAUAGGCCAGAGCGACGCCCUUCUGCGGAGACCGCCGCAGAGGCGCGCGCGCACCAUGGUCGCUCUUGUGUUCGGCGAGAAGACAGCGGACAGGGCAGCGUGGGUGCGGACACCCCUGCCCGAGCUGGGGGAGCUCACCGCGUGCGCUCACGUCCAGUGGGACACCGCCUCGCCCGACACGGCCACGCUCUUCUCUCUCGCAGUGCCCGCGCUAGCCAAUGCGCUGCAGCUGCGCGCCUUCGCCGAGCGCGGGGGCGCGGUGCGCGCCGCGCUCGUGGUGCGCGGGCACCAUGCGCCCUUCCUCCCCGCCUUCCGCGCUGACGGCCGCUGGCACCACUUGUGCGCCACGUGGGAGCAGCGCGGCGGGAGCUGGGCGCUGUUCGCCGACGGGCGGCGGCGUUCCGGGGCCCGGGGUCUGGGUGCGGGCCACCCGGUGCCGCCCGGCGGCGUCCUCGUGCUAGGCCAAGACCAGGACUCUCUAGGCGGCGGCUUCUCCGUGCGAGACGCCUUCAGCGGCAACCUCACCGACUUUCACUUGUGGGCACGAGCGCUGAACCCCGCGCAAUUGCGCCGGGCAAGGACUUGCGCACCACCCCCCAGCGGCCUGCUCUUUCGAUGGGACCCGGACGCCCUAGACGUCGCUCCGUCGCUGCUGCCCACCGUGCGGGUGCGCCUUCUCUGUCCCGUGCCCUCGGAGGAGUGCCCCACGUGGGACCCAGGACUCGGCACUGAGGGCUCUGAGUCCUGCCUGCAGCAGCAUCUCUUCCUCUGCUGCUACCGGACAGAGACCUAUCGGCAGUUGCAGGAUGCCCAGUCGUGGCCCGGCCAGGAUGUUAUCAGACGAGUCAAUGCAUUGGCCAAUGCUACUGUGCUGCCCCCUGACCCCCUCUCUGAAGUCCAUGGGGCCCUGUCACUGGCUGAGGCCUCUCACUUCCUGGGCAUCCUGGAGAGAGUCCUGGCAAAGGAGGUAGCUCCACUGGGGCCAGCUGUGCUACUGGCUGUCAUGCACUUUCUGAAAAGGGUGGCGGCCCUCGGGGCUGGGGAACCCCAACUCCUGACUGGGCCUUGGGAGCAGCUGGGCCAGGAUGUCCUGUCUGUGGCCAGCCUGGUCCUGGAGGAGCAGUUGGCCAACACGUGGCUGUCAGUCAGCAAGGUGGUUGGUGGACCCAUGUCUCUGGUGGCAAGUGUGCACCACCUGGCACCCCUGCUGAGCACCAUACUGACCUCUGAGCGGUCCCAAAUGCACAUCCAGUACCGCCAUGCCGGCCUCUCUGGAGUCACCAUGAUCCACAGCUGGUUCACCUCAAGUGUCUUCAAGCACACUGUGGAAGGGCCUGGCCUAGAACCCCAGGCUCCUGACAGCUCGGAGGAGGCGGGCAGGAUGCAGAGGUUCCUAAGCACACAGGUGGGGUCAGCCAUCAUUUCCUCUGACGUAUGGGAUGCCGGCGGGGAGGUCAACAUUGCUGUCACCUUUCACCUGAAACACCAGGCUCAGGCCUUCCCUCAGAAGCUGGUGGAGCCCAUCUGUGCUUUCUGGAACUUCAGCAGUAGGAGCCUCUCUGUUCCAUCCCCCCCAAGCCCGGACACAGGGGGCUCCUGGGCCACUACUGGCUGCUCCGUAGCUGCCCUGUACCAGGACUCCACCGCCUGCUUCUGCAACCACAGCACCAACUUUGCUGUCCUGUUACAGGUGUAUGACAUCCAGAGAGGCCCUGAGGAGGAGUCAUUGCUGAGGACUCUCUCAUUUGUGGGCUGUGGUGUGUCCUUCUGUGCCCUCGCUACCACCUUCGUGCUAUUCCUGGCAGCCGGGGUCCCCAAGUCAGAGCGAGUCACAGUCCACAAGAACCUCACCUUCUCCCUAGCCUCUGCAGAAGUCAUCCUCAUGGCCAGCGACUGGGCAAAGGCCAACAAGGUGGCGUGUGUGGCUGUCACAGCUGCAAUGCAUCUUCUCUUCUUGGUCGCAUUCUCCUGGAUGCUGGUAGAGGGGCUGCUGCUGUGGAGCAAGGUGGUGGCUGUGAGCAUGCGCACGGGCCCGAGGAUGAGGCUCUACUAUGCCACAGGCUGGGGUGUGCCUGUGGGCAUCGUGGCCCUCACCCUGGCCAUGUCCCCCCAUGACUACGUGGCCGCUGGGCACUGCUGGCUCAACGUGCACACAGACACCAUCUGGGCCUUCGUGGGGCCUGUGCUCUUCGUGUUGACUGCCAAUACCUGCAUCCUGGUCCGCGUGGUGCUAGUCACUCUGUCCAGUGCCCGCCGCCGUGCCCGCAUGCUGAGCCCGCAGCCCCGCCUGCAGCAGCAGAUCAGGAUCCAGUUAUGGGCCACGGUGAAGCCGGUGCUGGUCCUGCUGCCCGUCCUGGGCCUGACCUGGCUGGUCGGCAUCCUGGUACACCUCAGCCCAGCCUGGGCCUACGUGGCUGUGGGCCUCAAUUCCUUCCAGGGGCCGUAUAUCUUCCUGGUCUACGCCGCCUACAAUGGGGAGGUCCGGGGCGCCCUGCGAAGGAUGACGGAAAAGAAUGCGACCGAAGCGACCACGGCGCUGGCCGUCGCGGGGGCGGGAGGCCCCGCCCACGGCUCCGCCCACGGCCCCGGUCCGAGCGCCGCCAACGCGCUUUCCUUUCAGACCCGCUCUAGCCCCGCCGGCAGGGCCUCCAGCCCUCGGCCCUCAGGUCCCUGGGCGGUGGCCCAGGACAGCCCCAUGGCCUUAGUCCCACCCCGGAGGCAUGUGGCUGUCAGAGGGACCCCCAGCCUCAGAAUCCCCACGACCUUCUCCUCCAUUGCAGAGCCCGAGAGACCGGCUGUGGAGCUGACAGCAUUCAAGACUUCAGGCGCAUCGCGUCUGUGGGAACAAGAGAGUGGCAGCAGCGCCUCUGUGCUCAAGUGA